CACGACGCGCAAAUCAGAGCCGGCGCUUCGGUAAAUAACCUCAUUCUGCAUACUGCCUGUUAUUUAGACGCUCCUCUCUUCCACACUACCGUCGGUUUGAAUAGGUGGUGGCAGCAGAAGUGUGAUCCACAGCUCAAGUACCGCCAUGGCUGCGCUGUCGGGAGGAGAGAUGUGCAUCAAAUACCUGAUGUUUGCCUUCAAUCUGGUAUUCUGGCUUGCAGGCACUGCUGUCUUUGCUAUAGGCCUGUGGCUCAGAUUAGACCCAAAGACCAGAGGCCUGUUUGAGGGAUCAGACUCUCCAUAUGUGUUUUACACAGGUGUAUAUAUCCUGGUAGGAGCUGGAGCACUGAUGAUGGUGGUGGGUUUUCUGGGAUGCUGUGGGGCCAUCCAAGAGUCUCCCUGUAUGCUGGGACUGUUUUUCUUCUUCCUGCUUAUCAUAUUUGCCAUUGAGGUCGCAGCUGGGAUCUGGGGAUUUUCCAACCAAAGCAAGGUGGUGAACGAUAUCACAACAUUCUACAUGGAGACCUACAAUAACUUCAAGACGACAGGAGACAAGCGCCUCAAAGAGACACUGCAGAUGAUCCAGAUCGGGCUGAACUGUUGUGGACCUACUGGUACUGUAAUGGAUGCUGCCAAAGACACCUGUCCCCAGGGAGAACCACUUGAGGAGCUCAUUACUAAGAGCUGUCCCGACGCCAUUGAUGAGGUGUUCGACUCCAAGCUACACAUCAUAGGAGGGGUGGGCAUCACCAUCGGUGUUAUUAUGGUGUUUGGGAUGAUCUUUAGCAUGCUCCUGUGCUGUGCCAUCAGGAAGUCUCGGGAGGUGGUGUGACACCAACCAUCACACCCCGAAGUACUUAUCAAUGUUGCAUGAUGUCAUUCCUAGAGUCACAUGACUCUCCACUGCCAAUAGAAACACUGCUUGUUCAAGGGAGAUAACUUAAGAUAGGCUGGGUGCAGAUAUUUCUGAUUAUUCUAUUAUGCAUUAGUUAUAACUGUGCUGCUGACACUUAGGCCCACCUUCCUGGACCAUAUAGAUGCGAUGUGGUUAUCUGGCCCAACUAUAGAAUGGGUGUCAUCUGUGCUUCAGUGGCAAUGUAGUACAGAAAUGUGUAAUUUUGUGGUCAUUUGAUUGAAAUUAGUGUUUGUGAACUGCCAAUUAUCUAAACAAAAAAUCAUAUUAUCGUAAACUGUUCACAUUUCUCACCUACUGGCAAGAAGAGUCAUGGACCAGGGCCAUGAUAAAGGCUACCACCACUGCUUCAGCACAAUACAGCACUAGCCAAUGAAAUUCUACAAUGCCGUUCUCUUUCGACACUGAAGUCAAACCAUGGUAUAAAGUAGCCAACUGAACACCGAGCUGUGAACUGUGAUGACUGUGGUUUGUUCCAGCUUGGUGUUAGAGUAGCAUUCCGGAUCAUUCAUUGUGACGUUUCAUUUGUUCUUUCCUUCAUUCGUUAUUUUCUUUCUCCAUCUCCUAACUUACCCUUUGUAAAAACGCCUUUAAUUUUUUUUGUCACAGUUUGUAAAUGUUGACCUUUUUUUAUUUGUAAAAGAUUUAUACACUUAGGUGGUUGUAUGGUACAUGCAGUCAAAUGAUGUAUUUUAUAAUGUCCUUCUCAUUUUACAGAGAUUGGGUUGAUUUAUACCAUAAGCACCAUGUUUUACAGAGAUAAAAACUAAUGAAAGCCAAAUAAACCAAACUAACAGA